AAGCUUGUUUACCAACCGCCAACAAAUCAGAAGAAGAUUAAUGGAACACAACUUCUUUUGAGAUCAGCGAGUUGUUUGUUUCCCGGUGUUUCACUGACGUGCGUGACGGAGCUGAUGCGUGUUUAACCCGGUUUAACUCGGUCCAACUCGAUUUAACUCGGGUUACUCCGGGAGACUUGCAUCUUCUCACUGAACGUUAAACAUAAUGGACAGUCGCAGCCUGGUUGGUGAAUUUCUGUCUCCAGAGUCGACGGUGACGUCCCUGAUGUCCAACACAGGUCGUCUGAGGAGCAGCCUCCUGCCUCCUGAACACAACAGCAGCAUCAGAUACAGAAACAAGGACUACGACUCGGCCUCUGCGGCGCUGGACGCCUACAUCGCAGACUUUGAGAGUAGUUGUCAGAACUGCAGGUUUUCGGCAGGAGGACUCGUUCUGCCGCAUAGUCCCCUGUCCACGCCGAGCAGACCCAGAGUGAGCACACUCAGAAACAAAGAUGUUCUCAGGGAGAGUUUGACUGAGAGAGAGCUGGACUUCCUGAACCUUCCCGUCAGCUCCCUUCAUCACGGUGCUAACAGAGACAGACUCUCGAUGACGACAGACGAGCUGCUGUCAAUCCCUAAUGAUGGAACGAUGCCUGUCACACAUACUUCUGCCUUUAUCCAAGGCCUCGUGUCUCAGUCUGGAGCCUCACAGCUCCACGGCUCCUCCUCCACUUCAGGACCUGGAAACUGGGCUGGGCUCAGCAGCAGCUUCACCAAACCCCAACUGAGCCACCACCACCCUCAACUAACCAGGAACUCCAGGUGCAGAGGAAGAGGAGCAGCCACGUUCAAAACACAUGACAACAAAUUCCCUUCCGCACACAGAGCAGCAGGGUCAGAGUUCACAGAGCCGUCCUCAUUUCAUCCUCACUGGUUCACCAGCAGCAGGGCUGACAGGGAGCCCUCUGGAUCCAGCAGCAUCCCGGACCUGAACUACCCAGCAUGGGUCCAGGGCUGCGACCGCAGCGAGUCGCAGCCACAGCUGCCACCAACGGAGCCAAAGCUGUGGGACGACCACAGUUUUCCUGCAGCUGUGAGAACCAGAGCUCCGUCCUGGGUAGCAGAGCUUGAGGAAGAUGAUCUCGACCAGACACGUUCACAGGUUGGAGAUCUGAGGCUUCAGUUAGCUGAACAGAUUUCACUGCUCGCUGCAGAGAGGAAAAGCUCCGACAUCAUGGACACUCACAUGAUGUUCAGAGACAACAGGAUCGAGUAUUUGAUCCAGAAGGCCGAUCAUGUGUUGAACUCUCUGUGUCAGAGCUGUGACGGAGCAGAUAAACCUGCAGUUAGUCCAGUGAACACUGAGGAGUUGCUCAGUUCAUCCUCACGCUGUCCUUCAUUAACUCUGGACCCAGCAGCAGCAGCAGGGGGCGGCACAGAGGCUCUGAGUGACAGAGGAGCUGAGACUUUGAGCAGCGGUCUCCAUGGUAACAACGUCUGGAAGCAGCCCGGUCCGGUGGAGGCUCUGAAACAGAUGCUGUUCAGACUGCAGGCGGUGGAGACCAAGCUUCAGCGACAAGAAGAAGAAGCAUCAGAAAGUCAAACACACCCUGACAGGCCGCAGACUCCAGGGACGCAGACGACUGAAGUAGAGCUGGAGAGUUUUUCUGGUGGACCGUCACUACACAGAGCUCUGCAUCACCUGAGUCGUCUGAAGCUCCUGGUGGAUGAACCCAGAGAGAAAAACCGAGAGGAGGAGAAGGAUGAAGAUGAAGGACGCUACUCUUCCUCAUCUGCUGACGGUCUCAUCUGUACGCAGCUGAAACUCUCCUAAAGCUGACGUUAGUUUUCUCACUGUCCAGGAAGAAUCUGGAUGAACUCUGGAUUCAUAUUUUAGAUGAAAAGGUGCCGUGCAUCGAAACCCAGAACUGAGACUGAAACAGACCAGGAGCCAAUGAAAUGUGUGUGGAAGUUACGUGAAGUGUUCACGUGAAGGAAGCUGUGAAAGUUGAAAACUGUCUGAUCUCGGUUUUUCCAUUAAAGUCUCAGUCUGAA